AUGACUUCUCCAUCUGCUUUUAUAAAAGAGCUGGUGAACAAAACAUGUCUGCAGAGAUACAAUGUAUCCUUGGAGCAGUGGCAGAUUUCUCUCAUCUGGUCCUUCACUGUAUCCAUUUUCUGCAUCGGGGGGCUACUGGGGUCGCUGGUGGCUGGUCCAUUGAUCACAAAAUAUGGCAGAAAGCAUAGCCUUUUGUUAAACAAUAUUGUGGCUAUGACUGGAGCUGUGUUGAUGCUCUUGAGCCAAACAGCCAUGUCCUUUGAGAUGAUUAUGGUGGGACGAUUUCUCUAUGGCAUCAAUUCAGGAGUCAGUAUCUCAGCUCAAACCAUGUACCUUGUUGAAUGCGCCCCCAAGAAGCUGCGAGGGAUGGUGGGUGUGACUGUCGCUACCUUCAUCUCCUUUGGGAAGUUCUGUGGUCAGCUGCUGGGGAUCAGUGAGUUACUUGGUACACAGGAGAGAUGGCCCUGGCUGCUUGGUUUCAAUGGUUUCACUGCGUUAAUCCAACUCUUCACGCUGCCCUUCCUGCCGGAAUCCCCUCGCUUCCUAAUGCUGGAAAAAGGAGACCAACAGGCCUGCGAGAAAGCAUUAAGAAGGCUAUGGGGCCACAAUGAUUACAGCAGGGAGGUGGAGGAGAUGUUGGAGGAGAAAGCUGCCUUGCAGAGUGUUUACAGCCACUCAGUGAUCGAGCUGAUUCAGAAUCCAACAGUCCGCUGGCAGCUCCUCACCAUCAUCGUUACCUUCACCACACUGCAGCUCUGUGGCAUCAACACUGUGUACUUUUAUUCUUUUGAUGUGUUCCGUGCGGCAGGCAUCCAAGAGCACCAGUUACGUUAUGUCGCCUUAGGAACGGGGCUGUGUGAGUUGUCCACCUCUGUAGCCUGCUUCUUCAUCAUUGAAAAUACGGGUGUAAAAGUCCUGUUGUUCAGAGGAUACAUUGGAAUGUCUGCAACACUGAUCCUCCUCACCAUCGCUCUGUACCUGCAAAACCAGGUCCCCUGGAUGCCGUACUGCAGCAUGGUCCUCAUUUUCAUCUUCAUUUUAUUUUUUUCAAGUGGACCAGCUGGAGCAACCGCUCCUCUUCCAGGGGAAAUUUUAAUGCAGUCAUUCAGAUCAGCUGGAUACACCAUCGGCUGCAGUAUCAACUGGGUGGGCCUGUGUGUGCUGGGGAUGCUCUUCCCUAUCAUAGUGGAGAAUCUGGAUUACUUUUGUUUUCUCUUAUUCCUGGUUUUCUGUGCUGGCUGUGGGCUGUAUGUGAGGUUCUACAUCCCUGAGACCAAGAAUCGUACAGUGCUGGAGAUUGCUGCAGAGUUUGAGAGGAUGCACUGCAAACCUGAAGUAUCACAGAGGAAAACAUCCACUAAACAGAAACUCAGUGGAAUCAAAACAUACGACACCAAGUUCUGAUUAUAUUCACUGAGGUCUAAAAGUAACAAACAGCAAACAUUUAGAAGAUUUCAAUAGCUUGAAUGUAACUAAAGCAGAAAUACCAACUGAAUUAUAUAC